GGAUAAGAUUAUUUGAAGAAGUGGUGUUUUGGCACACUGGUGAGGGAAACUAUCCAUCGAGCAAAACUGCAAAGGAUUUCAUUGUGACGGGGAGGAAAUUUGCGUGGCGAUGGCUUCCACAAGUCUUUCAUGGGCUUCAUCUGCAUGGCUUCAAAAUCAUAGCUUGACGAAGAAGACGAGUACAGAAACCACAAAAGCGACUGACAGAGCCUCAGCUUUCACACUUGUGGCUCAAAAGAAAGCCAAGAAAAUACGUAAAGUUAUAUUGAAGGAGGAUGUGUCAGCGUUGGGGAAAAAGGGGCAGCUGAUGGAUGUGAAAGCUGGGUAUUUUAGGAAUUAUCUGCUGCCGAUGGGCAUAGCACAGAUUGUGACUCCAGGACUUCUUAAGGAAAUGAAGAUGGAAGAGGAGAGAAUUGAGGCCGAGAAAAAACGAGUAAAAGAAGAGGCACAACAGCUCGCUCGAAUUUUUGAGACAGUUGGAGCUUUCAAGGUGAAGCGCAAGGGUGGGCAAGGAAAACAAAUUUUUGGAACUGUCACUCCUCAAGAUCUGGCUGAUAUAAUCAAGGCCCAGCUUCAGAGGGAUGUGGAUAAAAGAAUCAUCUCUCUUCCAGAGAUAAGAGAAACUGGAGAAUAUAUUGCAGAGCUAAAGCUCCAUCCUGAUGUUACUGCUCGAGUAAGGUUGAACGUGUAUGCUAACUAAGGACAUGGACUUUCUAGAGCAACUCAAAACAGGCCCAAAUUCUGUAUCUUGGUGAUUUUCUCAAGGAUUUCGUCAAACAAAUGUUGAUUUUUGCAUCCGAAGGAGGGCUUCAUAUCUGUAAGUUCAAGAUUUAAUGUACUUAGUUAUGAAACUAGAAUUGUUCAUCCAGUCAUCCUAGGCCCUGGCUUAUUUUAUUUGUUGUAUUUUAGUACUUGUGUUUUUGAGAUCUAUUAGCAUCUGGGAAAAAUAUUUAAUCUAUUUGUAUCUCCUAUUGCGACCUGUCCCAACUGAAUGAUUUGUGUAAGUAGCAACUUCCCUGAAAACGGACUAUCUAAUAAACCACGCAUCAUUUUGCAGUCCUAAA